AUGGCAACACUGCAGGCAAGGAGGGUUGUGUUGGAGGGCGGCACAGAGGAUCGUUAUGGAACCAGAAGCACCGCCUCCUUUCGACGUAAAAUACACCAUUGCCGGAAGCUCUUUAGGCUCCACACAGGACGCCGCUUGUCUUGGGCCUUGUUGUUUCUGGCUUUCAUGUGCGUGCUCGUCAAGUUUGUGCUGCUCAAUAUGCUCUUUCAGCUCGGAUUAGAUCCUUCCAUUCGUUCUAACGUUGUUCAGGAUAUACCCUCGCCGUCUAUUUUGCUGAUCAGUGACAUGGUUGCUAUUGCAAAAAUAAUGAAUGCCACGUUGGUUUUGCCUUCAUUAGAUCAUCAUUCCUUCUGGACCGAUCCUAGUGGUUUCAAAGAUAUUUUUGAUUGGAAUCACUUUAUCGAAGUUUUAGCAGAUGACGUUGAUAUAGUGGAGACUCUACCUCCCCAGUUAGCACAAAUUAAGCCACAUGUAAAGGCUCCAGUUUCUUGGUCCAAGGCCAGUUAUUACAAAGGGGAGAUAUUGCCAUUGUUCAUGAAACACAAAGUGGUUUCGUUCACCCAUACUGAUUCCCGCCUUGUGAAUAAUGGCCUGGAUAAUUCCGUUCAAAAGGUGCGUUGUCGCGCAAUGUACGAAGGACUUAAGUUCUCGAAACCAAUUGAAGAGCUCAGUAGGAAGUUAGUAAAUAGACUUAGAAAAAACAGCAGCAACCCAUACAUUGCACUCCAUUUAAGAUAUGAAAAGGACAUGCUUGCUUUCACAGGCUGCAGCCACAACCUGACAAAAGCAGAGGCCCAGGAGCUUAGAAAGAUGAGAUACGGAGUUAAACACUGGAAGGAGAAAGAGAUCGACGGCAGAGGAAGGCGCCUAAGGGGACGAUGUCCCAUGACUCCGAGGGAGAUGGCUGUGUUUCUGGAGGCUCUCGGCUUUCCACUUGACACGACAAUUUACAUAGCUGCAGGUGAUAUUUAUGGCAGAAGUGGGAUCAAUCCCCUGCUAGCUAAGUACCCCAACGUGUUCUCCCAUUCCACUCUAGCCACCUACGAAGAACUAAAACCAUUUAGGCUCCAUCAGAAUCAACUUGCUGCCUUGGACUAUGUCAUCGCGGUGGAGAGUGAUGUUUUUGUUUUCAGCUACAAUGGGAACAUGGCCAAAGCAGCCAGGGGCCACAGACGGUACCAGGGUUUCCGAAAAACCAUCGACCCGGACAAGCAGAAGUUUGUGAGACUUAUUGAUCAGUUUGACAAUGGUGUGAUAUCUUGGGAGGAUUUUAAACAGAAGGUGGGGAGCCUGCAUGUGAACAGGAUAGGAGCACCGAGUCUGAGGAAGAGCAAACGACACCCAAAAUUUGAGGAGAGCUUCUACGCAAACCCUUAUCCCGGUUGCAUUUGCGAGAGGGCAAGACAUACCCCGGAAAUCAGUGAUUAGCCUGUUUCAGGAUCUGUGAAGUGGGGAGCUGUUUGAUUUACCGGAUUCACCAUUGUAUAUUUGUGUAGAGAGAAUUUUGGCCGCUAGUUUUGCAAUAGCACCGUAGUCUUAUUUUUCACAUUAGUCCUAAUCUAUCCUUUUAUCCUCGAAA